AUGGAGUUUAUUAAAGAGGAGAGUGAAGACAUGAAGAUUGAAGAAACAUUCAGAGCCAAACAUGAAGAUACUGAGGAACAAACAAAGAUGGCGUUUAUUAAAGUGGAGAGUGAAGACAAGAAGUGUGAAGAAGCAUUCAGAGUCAAACAUGAAGAUACUGAGGAACCAACAGACUUAACGGUGCUGAAAGAGGAGAGGGAAGGACUGAAUGAAACUGAAGAGAAAGAUCAGUAUGAGAAUCUUCAUGAUUUCAUAACCGGAGAAAAAUCUUUUUGUUCCUUACAGUCUGAAAAGACUUCCACACGAAAAAAAGAUCAAAAGACAGGAACUAAGAGUUAUUUCACUUGCCUUCAGUGUGGAAAGAGUUUCAGUCAACAAGGAAAGCUUAAAUUCCACAUGAGAACCCACACUGGAGAGAAGCCUUUCGUCUGCCAACAGUGUGGAAAGCGUUUCAGUCAUCCUGUAAACCUUAAAAACCACUUGAGAAUUCACACUGGAGAGAAGCCUUUCACCUGCCAACAGUGUGGAAAGAGUUUCACUCAAAACGGAAACCUUAAAAGCCACAUGAGAACGCACACUGGAGAGAAGCCUUUCACCUGCCAACAGUGUGGAAAGAGUUUCAGUCUAAAAAGACACCUUAAAAGCCACAUGAGAAUGCACACUGGAGAGAAGCCUUUCGUCUGCCAACAGUGUGGAAAGAUUUUCAGUCAUCCUGUAAACCUUAAAAACCACAUGAGAAUUCACACUGGAGAGAAGCCUUUCAUCUGCAAACAGUGUGGAAAGAGUUUCACUCAAAAAGGAAACCUUAAAAGCCACAUGAGAACUCACACUGGAGAGAAGUCUUUCACAUGCUGUCAGUGUGGAAAGAUUUUCAGUCAUCCUGGAAACCUUAAAAACCACAUGAAAGUUCACACUGGAGAGAAGCCUUUCACCUGCAAACAGUGUGGAAGACGUUUCAGUAAUCCUGGAAACCUUAAAGUUCACAUGAGAGUUCACCCUGGAGAGAAACCUUUCAUCUGCAAACAGUGUGGAAGAAGUUUCAGUGGAAAAUUAAAACUUAAAUACCACAUGACAGUUCACACUGGAAACAAACCCUUCACCUGCCAUCUGUGUGGGAAAAGUUUCGAGCAAAAAAAAAACCUUUAUGCCCACAAGCGAAUUCACACUUUGAAGAGCCUUUUUACCUGUCAACAGUGUGGAAAGAGUUUCACUCAUAAAAAAUGCCUUGACAUGCAUAUGAAAAUUCACACUGGAGAGAAGCCUUACACAUGCCCUCAGUGUGAAAAGAGUUUCACUAAUAAAGGAAGCCUUGACAUGCACAUGAAAAUUCACACUGGAGAGAAGCCUUUCACAUGCUAUUAUUGUGUAAAGAGUUUCAGUCACUCUGGAUCCCUUAAACGCCACAUGAACAUUCACAAUAAAAAGAAGCCUAACAGAUCCCCUCAGUGUGGAAAGAAUUUCAAUCAAAGUGGAAAAAACAGCAGAAUUCACGCUACGGAGAGCCUUUUUACCUGCCAACCGUGUGGAAUGAGUUUCACUAAUAAAGGAAGCCUUAACAAGCACAUGAGAGUUCACACUGGAGAGAAGCCUUUCACAUGCAAACAGUGUGGAAAGAGUUUCAGUCAAAAAGGAAACCUUAAAAGCCACAUGAUAACUCACACUGGAGAGAAACCUUUCACAUGCAAACGGUGUGGAAAGAGUUUCAGUCAAAAUAAAAACCUUAAUAGCCACAUGAAAGUUCACAAUAACGAGAAGCCUAACAGAUCCCCUCAGUGUAGAAAGAGUUUGAAUCAAAGUGGAGAAAACACUACAGAGAGCCGUUUUUCCUGCCAACAGUGUGGAAAGGGUUUCGCUCAAAAAGGAAGCCUUAACAAGCACAUGAGAGUUCACACUGGAGAAAAGCCUUACACAUGCAAACAGUGUGGAAAGAGUUUCAAUCAACGAGGAAACCUUGACAGGCACAUGAAAAUUCACAAUAGAGAGAAGCCUAACAGAUCCCCUCAGUGAAAUAAAGGAUCCCUAAACAGGCACAUGAGUUAACACUGGAGAAAAGCCUUACACAGGUCAUCAGUGUGGAAUGAGUUUUACAGACGAGAUAAACCUAGGGAUCAUGCAGGGACAUCGGAGAGAAGCCUGUCAUGUGCCAUCACUGUGGAAAGACUUCCAGAAACAAAGCAAAUCUUGAGUUUCACUUAAGCUUGAUGAUGCAUACCAUCUUCCGUAGAGCUGCUUUACAGCUGAAUCCCAUCGUGCAACAUUGACAUGUUACCUAACUGAAUUCAAUCAACACUGAACUGAUUCUAAUUGAAUAACUACAUUGCUGUUUUUUGUAGGACUGUUUACAGCUGAAUUGAUGUCGUUUCAAACUGAUGAACUUCACAGUUAUUGAUCUGAACUGACUUGAGCACCAACUAUGAGGGUCUAUGGAUCUUUCCCCCGAAACGCAACUAACACCUCACUAACACCUCAAAAGGGCAGAACAGGCCUCUGGUUUCAUGGCAACCAGUGACAAAUCAUCCGAUAACACUGGUUUUAUUGCUCAAAGGAAUGCGGGCAGAGCAACUCUCACUACAUUUCCCCAUAGGAAAGGACUCCUCUAGAAAAGGACUCUUCUCUGAUUAAUGCAUAGACAAACCUUUCUGAGAAUGAA